CAUUUCCCAGAGUUUCUGAAGCUUCUGGAGAUUGGUGUUCAUACCCGUUCCACACCCUGAUGGUGUCGUAUGCUUCUUGAUCCGGUAUGGAAGAUCAACGAAGUUCGUAUGAUAGGAGGGAACUCCCUCAGUUGGAGCUGGUAGCGGAUAAACAAAAUGCUGUUAGAGUUUCUCAGAUAAAGUUAGUGGGGAAGCUGAUGACUUCCAAACCCAUACAGAAAAAUGUUGUACACUCCAUAAUACGAAGAGUAUGGUUCACGGAUGAAGCAGUCGGAACGGAGCAAAUACAUCCCAAUGUUUUUCUUUUUAAUUUUAAAUCGUCUGCAGACAAAGAUAGAAUAUGGAAAAGAAGACCCUGGUCCAUCGAUGGAGCUCAUCUCGUUCUAAAAGAAUGUCAGCCAGAGCUCUCACUGGAGAAGAUUAAUUUCAGUCUAUCCACGUUUUGGGUGCAGAUCCACGGCCUACCUUUGCAAUACCUGACAAAAGAAAACGCGCUCAAGAUUGGGGGUUUGUUUCACAAGGUGUGGAACUGUGAAUGCACGUCCAGAACAAACUUGAUAGGGCUGAAAUACAUACGAAUUCAGGUAGAAGUAGAUAUCUCGAAGCUGCUAUUAACAGGAUUUCUGUACAAAGUGGGAAACGGAUCCUCGUGGAUACAUUUCGCUUUUGAAAGAUUGGCAGAGUUCUAUUAUAUGUGUAAUAGAAUCGGUCACAAUAAAGCAUCCUGUGUCAAUCUCCAAAGGGUAGAGGAAAGGAACGAUGGAGAGGAGUUUGGAUAUUGGCUAAGGGCCGAGGUGGGAGCCUAUACGGUGAUAAAGGAAAACAACUGUUGGAGAAGAGGUGAAGUUCCCAGGGAAGAGUCUUCCGAUACUCUCACUCGAGACACAAACAUGGAUGAAAAGAAUGAAGAUGAGCCACAAACGAAAGAAAGAGCAAAUUCGACUGACCUGAACUCAAACGAGAAAGAAGAAGAAGACGAGUUGACUCGCCCGAGUGGGGAAGAGGAGCCGAAUCUCGAGGUUGCUCGGGAACAAGGAGAUGGGAGACCUCUUCCACCCUCUGAUGGAGAACACGUGGAUGCUCUGCAGGAGAAUGAGUCAGAUACGCAUUUGAAUUUUUUCAAAUCUGGAAUUCAGGAUAAAAAAAUCCCGCUCAUUUCAGACACUGGGGGAAAGAUAGGUGGGCUAACUCCUCAAGAAAGGGCCCUUAGCUCGGAACCUAGCCCAAUAUCUUUGCAGGGGAGACUGGGUUUUGGGCCUUCUAUCUCAGGGACUAAAAAAGCAAUAGGAGAGGCAGGGGUUAAAAGGAAGAGAGAAAGCAAAACCUGGAGGCCAUGUCCUGCAAAAAAACGUGCGGGGAUUAUAUUAAAAGAAAAAACUGAGUUGCAGAAGCCACCUAGCUCUGUUUCUAUCUACGACACAGAAGCAGUUCAACAACGCCAACCGCAAGUUUUUCCUUCUGUAUUUUUUACACUUCUCCCAGAGUCUUCUGAAGGCAAAGUGAAGUCCCCAUCUUCCAGAAUCAAGCUAAAGGAAAUAGCCAGAGGAGGAUCAAGAACGGUGAAGGAACUCAACAGGAGUGGAAACGAUGCCUUAUUCUUAAUUGAAACAAAGGUGAGUGAAGAUAAACUGUCGAAAAUUGGGAAAGGUUUGCCGUUUGAUAAUGUGUCUGCUGUUAGUGCUUCUAAUAGUGCUGGGGGUAUUGCUCUGUUAUGGUCAAAUGAGAUUAGUUGGCAAAUAGUGUACAAGUCUAACUGGAUAAUUGGGGUGAGAAUGGAUUUAACGAAUGGCACCAGCUGUAACUGUUGGUUCUGUUAUUGUCCUGCUAAGAGGACUCUUAAAAGAUUUUUCUGGACAAAAUUGUUGGAUUUGGUAAAAACGGGUAGUGAAGUUUGGCUGUGCAUGGGUGAUUUUAAUGAUAUUACCGGACAAGAAGAAAAGAGUGGAGGCAGGAAAGUUUCAAGGAAGUCUCACUGGUUUUUGAGGAAUUUCAUGUUUAAUGUUGGAGGGAUUGAUAUGGGUUUUUGUGGUAGCAACUACACUUGGUGCAACAGGAGAGGAGGAAUUGCAAAUAUUCGGGAAAGACUAGACAGAGUGGUAGUUAGCGUUGAUUGGAGAAUUCUUUUUAACCAAGCGGGUGUUCUCCACUUCCCUCCCGCUGGUUCGGACCACCUGCCAAUUCAAUUCAAUCUGAAACAGGAUCACCCAAAGCUCCCGCGGCCUUUUAGAUUUUUGGAGGCAUGGACAAGGGAUCCUACUUGUGAGGAAGUUGUAAGAAAAGCUUGGGAUUGCAGUCACCAGCUCAGACACAGGAAUUUGGUUCAAGCAAAAUUAGCCAACACAGUCAGGGCUCUAAAAUCAUGGAAUAGAAACAACUUUGGAUUCUGCCAUUAUAAAAUUAAGGAAUUAGAGGAUCAGCUAGAACAGUUAGCUUCUGUGCCUCCGUCAGAAGAGAUUAUUAAAAAAUCCCAGGAACUUCAAUCCGCCAUAGAUGAAUGGAGAUUAAGGUUGGAACUUGUGUGGCGGCAGAAAUCUCGUGAACUAUGGUUAAAAGAGGGAGAUCGGAAUUCUAAAUUUUUCCACGCAACGACGGUUGCAAAAAGAAGAAAGAAUCAAAUUGUAGCUAUCAAAGAUGACAACAAUAAUUGGUUGGAUUCAAGAUUGGAGAUUGGAAACUACCUCACGAGAAAAUUUAAGGAGCUGUUUAGUGGAGAGCCGUUAACCUUCUGUGACAAUCUGGAGGAGUUUAUUCAAGGAGGAAUCUCUGAAGUUGACAAUGAAAGGAUAGACAGAACUCCUACAGCAGAUGAAAUUUUUCACAUUGUGAAGAGCAUGCAUCCCAUUAAAGCCCCUGGGCCUGAUGGGAUGCCUGCUCUUUUCUAUCAAAAAUAUUGGAGUAUCGUGGGAGAAGAUAUAAUUGCGUUAAUCCAGAAUGUGUUCAGAUCUGCCAUCAUCCCCAGUAAUGUAAACAAAACCUUUAUGGUGUUGAUUCCAAAAGGAAAGCAAGUGUCAUCCUUCAACAAUAUCAGACCCAUCAGUCUAUGCAACUCAGUGUACAAGAUCAUAUCAAAGCUAAUCACAGAGAGACUUCGUUCAGUAAUUGAUAAGAUUAUUUCUCCUGCCCAAACUGCUUUCAUACCUGGGAGAUGGAUAGGUGAGAACACACUGCUCGUCAAUGAGAUUCAACACACAAUGAAAAAAAGGAAAAAGGGAAACGGAUUGGUAGGAAUUAAAAUAGAUUUGAGCAAAGCCUACGACAGGGUUGACUGGGGAUUCCUCACAAAAUUACUGGCCAGCUUUGGUUUCUCUAGCAAGCUGAUUAAUUUGGUGGUUAGAUGUGUUUCCAUUGAUUCGACGGAGCUGGUAUUAAAUGGAAGCAUUUUUGGAAACGUGGAAUGGCAAAAGGGUCUUAGACAAGGAGAUCCACUUUCGCCUUUCUUGUUCAUAAUCUACAUUGAACUCUUAUCAAGAAUGCUGCACAAACUUGAAGCCGAAGGAAGAAUCCAUGGUGUCAAGAUAGGUAGAUCCAGUCCAAGUAUUUCUCAUUUACUGUUCGCAGAUGAUAUUUUGCUCUUCUGCAGAGCAAAUUUAGAAGAGGUCAGAGAAAUAAAAGCUUGUUUGAAUACCUUCUGUAAGUGGACUGGGCAAAAAAUCAAUGCAGCAAAGUCGGGAUGUUUUUUCUCUAAAAACACCCAGGGGAAGAUCAAGGCUGGUGUGAAAGAAAUCCUGGGCAUGACAAAACUUAAGGAAGAUGCAAAGUACCUAGGCAAUCCUUUGUUUUCUGGGCGUAAUCAUCAUAAAGCCUAUGAGGAGCUGAAACAGAAAAUUGCGGCCAAGCUUCAGGGGUGGAAAUCUAAGUUACUCUCCCAAGCAGGAAGAUGCACCCUAAUUAAAUCUGUGAUUAAUUCCAUUCCUAUUUAUGCUAUGUCAGCUCAAAAGUUUCCCACUCAUUGGUGCUCUGAUAUUGACUCCCUUGCGAGAAAAUUCCUUUGGAGCAGAGGUGUAAAUGAUGGAAGUUUUACUCCUAUAUCAUGGUCAAGAAUCUGCAGACCAAAAGAAUCGGGAGGACUAGGUGUUAGAAGAACGCAAGACUUGAAUUUGGCACUCCUCAGUAAACUAGCCUGGAUGCUGGCCUCAGAGAAGGAUAGAUUUUGGGUGCAGGCGAUUAAAGCUAAAUAUUUUGCUGGUUGUUCCUUCCUGAAAUGCUCGAAGAAGAAGAAUUGCUCUUCUUCAUGGAACGGCAUUUAUCAGGCUAGGACUAUUCUGUUCAAAGGACUCUGUUACAGGGUAGGAAAAGGAGAUAGAAUCAGUAUAUGGGAGGAUCCAUGGGUUCCUAAUAACCCUCAUUUCAAACCAACUCCAAUCUCAGAAACUGUAUCCCAAGAAUUUGGUAUGGUAAACUCUCUCAGGAACAGGGAUGGCAGCUGGAAUAAAGAUAGACUUGACCAUCUUUUUGAUGCAGCCACUGUGAGGAAUAUUUGUAAAAUCCCUUCUUCAAAUUCUCAUCUAGAGGAUAAACUAAUCUGGUGCGGCAACACAAAUGGGAAAUUCACUGUUAAAUCAGCUUUCUUGAUGGAAUUCUGGAGAAAUCACUUAGCCUCUCAAUGGUGGAAGUAUCUAUGGUCCUCCAAGAUUCAUGAAAGACUCAAGUUCUUUCUUUGGAAGCUUUACACUGGAGGACUUCCAACAGCAGAGAACCUCAUGCAUAGAAAUAUACAUGUCACUAGUAAUGAAUGCAUUCAUGGCUGUGGUGUGCUAGAAUCGGACAACCACAUCUUUUUUCAUUGCCAAGUUGCAAGGGCUGUGUGGUAUGGCCUCCCGUGGUGUAUUAAGUGGGAGACGUUUACAGAUUAUCCAGUGAAAGAAAAACUCUGUCUGAUCUCUAACCCCCUUGGUUCUCUUCCAGUGCUCCCAUCAGACAGGGAUUUCUUCUUUCUUUUUGCUGCCCUUGUGAUGGACCAACUAUGGAAGGAAAGGAACUCCCAUAUCUUUGAAAAUAAAAUUAACACUCUCGAUAGUAUCAUGGAUGUGCUGAAUUUCAGGUUUAGAGAGGCCAAAGCCAUCUUGCUAAAGGAGGAGAAGGGUGUUCUACUCUAUAGAGAACCCAGGAGGAUAGCAAGAAUGUGGGACACGCAGAGCAUAAGAAUUAAUUCUGAUGCAGCAGUUAAAAAUGGAGUUAGCUUCAUUGGACUGGUGGCAAGGGACUAUGAGGGCAAAGUUAUAAAGAUAAAGUCUAUUCGCACCCAGACAGAUAUCCCUGAGCUAGCUGAAGCUGUGGGAGUCCUGCAAGGAUUAAUUUUAGCUCAAGAGGAAGGCUGGCAAAAAAUAUGGUGUGAUUCUAACGCCAAAAACAUUGUAUCAGCUCUAAACAGUCAAGACACACACAAUUCUCACUGGGUAGAGAAUGUAUUUUGGAGGAGAUCAAUUCUAAGAAAAUAG